GCCACUCGCGCUUAACUACAUUACUAUGAAGGGUCGCAAUAUGAAGGCUGAUUCGCAAAAAUACAUAUCCUGUGCCAUCAUGGGAGACGGGAUGGUCGGAAAGACCAGCAUCUCCGAGAGCUAUGCCCAGAAAUCCUUCAAGGAGAACUAUGAAGCCACAGUGUUUGACAACUAUGUCGUUCCACUGAAUGUGGCUGGAGAGGAGUUUGUUAUCAGCAUGUUUGACACAGCAGGAGAGAAACACUUUGAGAAUCUCCGUUCCUUCACACACCGUGAGAGUGAAGUCCUGCUUCUGUGUUUCUCCACCUGUGACCGGGAAACGUUGGCCAGCAUCAAUGACGUGUGGAUGCCUGAACUGAAGAGACACUCCAAACACACCAAACAGAAGAGACCGGUCAUCCUCGUGGGCACCAAGAUAGACCUCCGAGUCGGGAAUGAAGACAGCGAGGUUUCCACGGACGAGGGUUUCCAGUUGGCGAAGGACAUUGGUGCUGACUGCUAUGUGGAGUGCUCGGCUCGCGACCACAAGGGUUUGAAGGAGGUCUUUCAGCAUGUCGUCUUCUCCGCUCUCAAGUUCAGGAAAAAGAACACAAACAUUAUCAAGCAGAUAUUCAGAUUGUAACCGACAUAUCAGGUACAUAACCAUGUGGUGCCUUCUUGUCAUGCUCAGGGACAUGACACCAAAUGGACAUGUGAUAAAAUGACUUCGCACAAGAUUAACAUAGCUGUGAUACAUAAACAGUUAGCCUGAUCUGUGAUAAGGAAGUAUCUCGGCCUGUGACGACAAGUAUUGAUCUCUGUAUGUGAUAUGAACUUAUGAUCUCGGUCUGUGAUAUGAACUUAUGAUCUCGGUAUGUGAUACGAACGGAUGAUCUCCGUGUGUGAUAUGAACUUAUGAUCUCGGUCUGUGAUAUGAACUGAGAAACUCGGUGUCUAUAUGAUCUCUACACGUGUGGCAGAGCCAUGAUGCCACCAGUUGAAUAUAUCCUUCAUUAUAUCAAAUGCCUUAUGAGAAUCUAUAUGAUAAUUUGUAUGAUAAUUUAUAAUCGAGUGUCGUUUGUCUUUGAUACGUGCUUGACUCAGCAGUGUCCUCUCGAUGUCGGUAUGGUCGCAUUUGCUUUAAUACCAUUGUCGUGCCCACAACAUGUAGGAGAUGAGAAAGAGCACAGCGACAUAACCCAUGUUGAGAUAAAAACUGAUGGUCCAUCAUGUUUGUUAUAUAGUAUACAAUUGUUACACCUCUAACACAGCUGCUGGACAGCGAGUUUCAUUUAAAUAA